AUGUGUUGCCCGAACGUUGCACUGACAACUCAACUAGUCAAAGAAGAUGCAUAUGCUCAUGCCUUUAACAACAACAGCGCGUGGCGCCGUUCCUUGGCCGAAACCAAUCCUGAGCUGUUCGAACGCUUAGGCAAGGGCCAGGCUCCCCAGAUCUUGUGGAUUGGAUGUGCAGAUUCUCGAUGUCCCGAAACUACUAUCCUGGGCUUGCAGCCAGGCGAGAUCUUCUGUCACCGUAACAUCGCCAAUAUUCUUGUUCCAACCGAUAUCAAUUCAUUGUCGGUCAUUCAGUACGCCGUCCAGUAUCUCCAGGUCAAGCACAUUAUCAUCUGUGGUCACACCUCCUGUGGUGGCAUUGCCGCUGCUCUUGACAACAAGAAGCUUGGACUGAUCGACACUUGGCUUAUGCCUCUGCGAACGCUUCGGCGGGAGAAUAUGAGUUUGUUGGAGAGCCUCAACGAGCACGAUCGUGGUUUGAAGAUGGUGGAGCUUAACGUCCGUAGCGGCGUGAAGGUUUUGCUGGAGAACCCGAUCGUUAUCGAUGCAGUUACAGACCGUAAUCUGCAGGUCCAUGGCUUGAUCUACAAUGUUGGGACUGGCGAGCUGAGGGAGCUGGACAUCGAGGAAGACGAGGAUGUGGUCAAGAACCGCAAAACUGCUUUCCGUGUCGAAUAA